ACUUUCACAUGUGAUCUUGCUACGUUAAAGCGCAUAGUUACGUAGCCAAAACGAAACAUCAUUCAUAAUUCGUUGUUUAAGAAAUGGUGUAAUAAAUUUACAUAAAAACUAACUUAAUAUGUAAAAUUGUUACUUUAAAACUCUAACAGCAAAGCCAAAAAUUAAAAAAGUUCACUCUUUUAAAAAAAAGUAGUCCAACAAUAAAAAAAACACUUUAUAUUUCAUCUUGUUACGUUAAAACUCAUGGUUACGUGGCUAAAAUAAGACAUCACUAAUAAUCCAUUCUUUUAAAACCGUUCAAAUAAAUUUACACACAAGUUAACUUUACAUGUGAUCUUGUUAUGCAUGUUAUAACUUGAAGUUACUCGAAGUGUCAUCGAAACAUUCAUAAUACAUCCGGUCAAAAAAUAGUCAAAUGUGUUUAAUAAAUUUAUGUACAUAAAAAUUAACUGUUAAAUAAUCCCAUUUAAAAAUGACGGUGACUUAUACAUCGUCCGUCCAUUCGUCUGCCUUACAAUUUGGGUGCUUUCUAAAACUGUUGUGCAAGUGGCGUGGUUCCAUUUACAAACUUGUGUGGCGUGAUUUGUUAAUUUUCUUGGGUUUAUACUUAUCCCUCACGAUGACUUAUCGGUUCUUGUUAACACCCCAUCAACAAGAUAUGUUUGAGAAAGUGAGCUACUACUGCGAUAAGCAUGGAAGCCUUAUCCCAAUCUCGUUUGUGCUGGGUUUCUACGUCUCGUUGGUUGUCGGCCGUUGGUGGGAACAGUUUAAAAAUAUUCCCUGGAUUGACACCCUCGCGAUCUGGAUCAACGCAAAUAUUCGCGGCAACCGGGAGAAGGACCGCCUCCUUCGGCGAACCCUUAUCCGCUACGCAAACCUAACCAUUGUCCAAUGUUUCAUCCUAAUUUGUCCCCGUGUCAAGAAACGUUUCCCAACAAUGGACCAUCUCGUCGAAGGUGGGCUUCUGCUGCCCAAUGAAAAAGAAAUAAUCCAAGAUCUCUCCGCCUCCCUGCACAAAAAAUACCAAACUAAUUGGAUCCCGCUCGUCUGGGCGGCGGGAAUUGUGACGAGGGCACGUGCCGAAAAUAAAAUCAAGAACGAUUCAGUAGCAAACAUUUUACUGACGGAGCUGACAAAAUUAAAGGAUCAGUUGAACAUGUUGAUAAGCUAUGAUUGGAUAAGUGUCCCCCUUGUUUAUACACAGGUCGUCACGCUGGCGGUUUAUUCAUAUUUUUUGAGCUGUUUGAUGGGGCGGCAGUGGCUGUUUAAUCGAGAAGGAGCGAUUAAAAAUAGUUCCUCAGCGGAGACGGAAGACAAGUGGAACGAGUUGGAUAUCUUUCUCCCGUUUUUUACCAUAUUGCAGUUUCUCUUUUAUAUGGGAUGGCUGAAAACGGCGGAGUCUCUGCUUAAUCCGUUUGGUGAUGAUGAUGACGACUUUGAGCUUAAUUGGUUUGUGGACAGGAACUUGCAGGUUGGCUACCUAAUCGUGGACGGGAUGCAUAAAGAAAUCCCAGAGCUACUAAAAGACCAGUACUGGGACGAAAUCGUGCCACCCGAGUUGCCUCACACAGUAGCCUCCGAAGCCUACAAAGAGUCCCCUUUCGAAGGGUCCACCAGCAACGUUAUCGUCUCAGAAAAGAACGCCGCCGUCGUGCCACCAUCCGACCCAGCCCUUCAUGCCUCCGCCUCCUCUCACAAUUUGCUAAAAACGAGUCAUUCCUCAAAAAAGAUGACGCCAAUUCCCGACCAGCCGGAAGACCAGAACCGCCUCCUCGACGCGGCGGCAGAUGGCGCCAUUGAAAACGUGGACACAAUUAAUUUCGAUGCCUUAACGGAAGGAGAAGGGACCCACCCAAGCAUUGAGGACGUGUUCGGAAUAGAAUUUAAAGUGAAAAAGCCAUCGGAUGAAGAAGUGAAACAAGGUGGGAGUGGAGAUGAGGAAAAUCCCGAUAUGAUCGAGUUGGAUGAAGUGGUUGUUGGAGAAGGUGCAAAAGUUACCAAAGAUUAAGUUAAAAGGAACGUUCAUAAAAUUUGUGACACGGUUGAGGGCUAUUCUGAUUAAUGUCAGCUUAAGCGAAAUGUAAGAAAUUGGAAUGUAAGCCUAUUAAUAAUACUGAUUUUUCUUUAAAAUUGGCAAAAGUUCUUAAUUGUUUCUAAAUAAUAUUUUGCGCGUUCGCCUGGUAACCUCUCAGAUUUUUUUGUCUUUAUUUUUGCACGAACAAUACCAAAGCAAGGGAUGGGUAGAAAAUCGUUAAUUUGUGUCAUGUAUACUACAAGUAUUCAAAAGACUGGUUGUUCAGUAAUUAAUUUUCAUUAACCAAAUAAUUGUUUUUAUUUAUUUAACUUUUUUAAAUGAUUAUAAGUACUUAAGUGUACUGGGGUUUUUGGGUUGAAAUUUUUGUUUUAUGUAUGUUAUUUAAUGCAUCUUUGAGUGGAUUAUUUUUUAUUAAUGGACAAUCGGCCGAUUGUUGGACGAUGUAUGGAAUCGUCGGAAGCUAAUACAAUUUUGAAUUACGAUUCGUCUGACAUAUUUAGAAUGUCGGUUGACAUGAUAUAUGGUAUUUAAGAAAACGUUGAUCGAUUUUCUAGUAAUAAAAAGCUAUGUGUGAAUUAUCA